AUGGUGGAGAAAAAUUGCCUGUCCCAGCAACAGUGCAAGUUACCUAAUGAUUGUUGGAUAAGGCAGCUAGAAGGCAUGUUAUUAUAUUUCGCUUAGUUUUGCCAAUUACAUGUACAGUACUUUUAUUAUGAAACUUUGCCUUAGAGAAGAAAUUACCUCUAAGCAAUAUUAAAUCAAGCUUCGAACAAACAAAUAUAAUUAUGUCUUUCCGGCAUUCUUAUUUAUUUCAGUUAUACCAGUGAAGUCUAUUCUAGUUUUUGUUAAUUUGGCCUAUCUGUUUCCAGAUCUGUAGCUGUUGUUUCAUUGAAUGAUCCUCAGCGUGCAAAGAAAUUAGUGUCUGAUAGGCCAGGGCUAGUGGAUGUUGCCAUUGGGCUAGUGAUUUUUGUUCUUAACUUGCCCAACAGGCAAGUGCUGUUUUUUUUUGGAAAAAUUCAAAUUACAUAACGAUUGUAAUCAAUCCUGCUAAUCAAUAAGGGUUUUGGGGCUAGUUGAAAUGACUUGUGGGCUAUAGUACAUGCUAGCUACAGCUUGCCCGAAUGGCAGGCUGUAAAACUGACUUUCUUUGCACCCUGGAUCCUUUAGUGUUGUACUACGCAGUUAUUACUGUACCAACAACUUGUGACCUUUGUUUUGUACAAAUGAAUUUGGCUAAUAGUUGUAUUAUAGUAGGAAAGAAAAUAAACUAUCUUUUCCUAUAGAAAUCUUUAUUAAACCUUUAGUUAGUGAUUUCAUUAUACAAUUUUAGAAUACACUUUUCUAGUAGUGUUUUAAUUUUUAACAAACAAUCAUAUGUGAAUAUGGUAAGUUUUAAAGAAAAUUCCCAAGACAUACAUGUACGUGGUUUAGACAACUCCAGAUAUAAGUGAUGUCAUUUUUAAGGGUUUUUCAGCUGGCUUUCAAGGGUGUUUUUGAAAACUUGCUUUUAUUUUCAAUUUUUGUUACAAAGAAAAUGUUAAAUUGUUGUUUUAUUUGUAAUUAAAAACAGGUUAAAACACCAUUAAAAGCACGUUAAAACACCUUUAAAAACAGAUUAAAACAUCAUCAAAAACAGGCUAAAACACCACUGAAAACAGGGUUAGACGACAUUUAAAGGCAGGUUAAAACACCAUUCAAAACAGGUUAAAACACCAUUUAAAGCAGGUUAAAACACCUUUAAAAACAGGUUAAAACACCAUUCAAAACAGGUUAAAACACCAUUCAAAACAGGUUAAAACACCUUUAAAAACAGGUUAAAACACCGUUAAAAAAGGUUAAAACACCUUUAAAAACGGAUUAAAACACCAUUAAAAAUAGAAUUUUGUACCUGUUUUAAAUGAAGUUCUCAAAUACAAUUAAAACAGUUUUAAAAAUAUAUCAAAAAUAUGUUAAAUAGUGUUUGGCUUGGUAUGGGUAAUUAUUGUUUCUGAUGUUUGUUAUUUUUAUAUAUAUCUAAUUUCAUGAAGACGAGCACAGUUUAUGCGGCAAGUUUACUGGAGACAAUGAUCUAACCUAGCAUCAGGUUUGAUAUAAGCUUACAGAACUUUCAAAAGCCUUUAGAUAUGUUUACUAGAAAGAGAAAUAGACAAGGAAAUACACAAACUCAAGUACUUUGUGGUCGAAACGGACGAGGUAAUUAAGCUAAGGGAUUACACGGAAAUGGAUAUAGUCAACAAACGAGCGGAGGAAACCGUGGGCAAGUUAGCGUAUCUUAUUUCGCAAGCAGAGGAAUUACAAAUAGAUCAUGGUGUAUCUCCUCGAUCGAUGAGACAAGGGAAGAAAGACGUGAAAGCAAGGCACUCCACAUUUCUUGUGGACAAAGAAAAGCUUGCGAAGUUCUUAAAUAACAGACAUGGGGAAAUGGAAAGAAAACGAUUUGAAGCCAAACAAGAACAACAGCAAGAAGAGGAGAGCCGUUUAACUGAGUUGCACUUCCGACAAGAAGAGCACGAACGAGACAGGAGAAAACAGGGUUCGUACGCGUCUUGAAAACCCUUGAAAACCCUUGAAUUUCAGGAGUCCAAUUUCAAGGCCUUGAAAGUACCUGAAUUUUGUUUUCGGUCCUUGAAAGUCCUUGAGUUUUUAUUGAACAAGAUCGGAAAUGUUCUGCACUAUCUGUAAACCCAAAACGUAGAUGUUAACACAAACAUUUUUCUUGGUUUUGAGGUAAAAUUGUCAUUAAAAAACUCCUUGAAAUUUCUAGUUAGGGUCCGGGAAAGUCCUUGAAAAGUCCUUGAAUUUUUGGCCUGAAAAAGUGUACGAACCCUGAGAAAAUUGAUGCAUAAUUACAGGCGACGCAUAAACGGCUGAAACUGGAAAAAGAAGCCCGUUCAACCACAGAAAAACUGCCCUAAUUGAUAAUAACACCGUUCAAAAGAACGCCCACCGAUUGGGUUAGAUUCGAGAACAUGGUUAUCACACAAGUCCACAACAAAUCGAUGAGCGCAGAAGAGAAAUUCGGAAAUGGUCAAUCCAAACGUACGAGCAAAGAUAGAAAACCUGAAGCCUGGUGAAAUGGGCUACAAGAAAGACUGAAAUCGGAGUAUAGCCAGAGCAAACUUGUUUUGAACGCACACAAAGGAUCCAAUUGCUUAAAGAUUCAGGAAUUUUACCAGAGCGCGAGCAGAAAUUUGUAUGCGUUGCUGACAAUGGGCGAAGCCGACAUGCUAAGGGGGUUCGUGAUGUCCACUCUUAACAAAAUACCGCAAGUGAGGCCCGAUACUGUGCGAACGAAAAUUGGGAGAACUGGGAUAUGGAGGCCUUGAUAAACAACCUUUAGCAGUGGUUGAAAGGAAACAAAGUAGAUGAUACACCCGAAGAUAGUGGAGGUGUACGACGGAGAAGAGAGAAAAAGGUAGACCCAGUCUGUAUCUUUCGUACUGUAUCGAAGUUGCGAGACUUCACAACCGUCCGAAGACCGGAUAAAAAGAAGUUUACUUUAAAGGAGCAGUACGAGCAUACCAAAGACAACAGGUUCUACAAACACGUUGGAGACGAGUAUCCUUUACACGUGAGUUUAGGACACGGUACCUAUUGUCGAAUAAGAACCGAAGAAGUAUACAAGGGACAACCGGGAAAGCCAAUUGUGGAAGGAACGACGUUUGGCCGGGUAAUCCAUGGUGGAAACGACUCAGAUAGCCAGAGCUUCUUCAGCAGAGAUACAAGCGACUUUACAACCUCGACGUUUUGUGGGUCAGGGACAGGGGUGAGGAUGACGAGCUUGAUGUCUACACGGAGUUCAAAGAGAACAUAG